GCAUAAGGGGUGUGGAAAGAGGGCGACAAGAAGGGGCUAUAUAAAAUACCCACAGUACAAGGAGCUCUUUAUCCCUGUGUGCCCGUCUCACGGAACGAGGAGGAAAAUAAAAAAGAAAUUACAGACGCCCCCUCUCUACACCCACGCGUUUCCCAAACGCCAGGAUGCCAGCGGUGUCUCUCAGGAGGAACGGAGACUGGAUGAAACUGGGCUUCACCUUGGUGGUGUCCAUGUGGAUCUGUCACGAUGCUGUCAACUGUCAGAAUGACUUUCAGUUCUUAGGGGAGAAAGACCAGGACGACCUGGAUGAGUUACUGAAGAGCAUAACCUCCCCCCCAAGAAUUAGAUAUUUUACAGAAACCUGGUGGCAACAGUAUACAAGAAAGGAUGAGACUCGUGGCGACGACAUUUUCACAGAUCUGCCCGAUGUCAGCGAGAUGGAGUAUUCGGACGUGGAGAGCGUGACCAGCGUCUACCGUGUUCACAAGGCUGAAAUCCAUUGUGUGGAGAAGGAGAAGAUUAAUAACAGGGAUGCAGUUAAAAUCACACUUAACCAUGCAUCUAACUGCGCGCUAACCAAAGUCAAGAUUCUAAAUGCCUUACCAGAUAUAUGCAAAACCGACUGCAAGAUUGAAUUUUUCCAAGAAGAAAACUCCAAACAAGUAAUCAUGUCAGGCAAAACCAUUGAAGAUGAUGCACAGGCUAUGGCCAUGACGCUCAACAAAGAAAAGGUCAAGAAAAAGAUGGACUUGAAGGAGGCGGUGCCUUAUUGGACCAAGCACUCCCCCACAGUGCUGGUUUCCCUCUUAUUGGCCGGGCUGCUGCUGGCCGCGCUUCUCAUUGGUUGCUAUGUCCUGAAGCACCACCGCGGGCACAGCACCAAGGGCAUGAAGCUGGCCGACGAAACCUUCCAGGUGGAUGAGGAGAACCAGGGAAACACUCUGGUGUCUGUGGCCCCACUGCAGCCACAAGAGCCCCAGGCCCCAAAGCCCAGCAUCAACGGAGAGUCCCCUGACGGUGGAAAAUGCCAGGCGCCCCCUACCAAUGGACACCAGACCACCAAGUCCCCCAUGGCCGACACGGAGCUGUGAGGACUGGCUGGAACGUGGCCAUAUGCUCCGCCUCUCACCGUGGCCCCCCAGAAAACAAACACACCCUCCUCAAGACACAAAAGACCAAUACACACAUACAUACACACACAAUCAGAGCGAUCCACCUGCAGGUACAAUGUGCAGGUACUAAUCAGCAGCUGUGGGUCUCGACCUGUAGGAGGCGCUGUCAUCGGUAUUCAGCCAGCAGAGGCAUUGCAUCUGGCCUUGCCAUAAACAUGAAUGGCUCUGAUUAUUAAAAGCUAACAUCUGUGAUUAUAAUGAUAGCCAACCCCAUUCCAUUAAUAACAGCAAAGAAAUUGUAAUCCCUUACACUUUUUUGUUGUGUAUUUGUUUCCAAAGUAUGUUACAUAUUUUCAUAUUCAAGUCAUCUUCUUUAUAAGCUUCCUUUCUCGUUAUCCAUUUACAUCAUUCUAAUAGUUACAUAAGCAAAGAUGCUGGUUUUCUGUUCUUUGUUUCUAUACUUACAAUAGAUCAUUGAUAAAUCACAGAGAGUUUGUCACAAUUUUCUGGCAGAAUCUGGUGGAUCUGAUACUGCCAAUGAAAAUGAAACUCAGAGGAAAUCUGUCGAAUUAAAAAAAAUAAUAAUUUGUGUGCAAAAAGGACAAAUGUAUAAAUGUGCAAAAGACAGGGUAAAUAUAUUAUCGAACAGUGAAAAUUCAGUCCUAGAUAUAGUGGUGUACCUACAAUCUUUGAUUGGUGCAUAGCGGCUGGGCUACUCCUGGAGUUUAAGCAACCGUCAGAAUUUUACUACCCUUAAGCACUGUGCCAUGUGAGAGCUAAAAAAAACUCCACUGCAAGAAUGCCUGAUAUCAACUAAUGUCCUUAUUGAAAAGAAUGACACUUUACUAAAAAAGGCAGUUAGCUCAUUCCACCAUUUUCAUUGUGGCUGCCGUACUCAAGUGCCAGUCAUGUACUCUAAUGAGAGCUGGAAUAGGCAAAAUGGCUUCACUCUGUAAUACAGCUUGUAAUGUCUGGUAGUCCACUGAUAGUGUUAAUAUGUAUAUGGAAUCCAGAGUGUCAGGUUCUUAACAGGAACCCAGUUUUCCUAGCCUGCAAGGAUCAGGGUGACCACAUCGAGUGGCAUGCAGGAAGAGUGUAGUGUUUGUAUGCACACUCAAAUUGGGACACCCCAGGUAUGGCUCUCAGCUUUAAGUAGACACUUGGAUUUCAACUAAAGAGACUCACACUAAGUCCUACCAUUAGGCUCCUCGAGAUUUUAAACCAGGCCACAUCUUCAAAUGCUUCAUAUGUCCCUGUAGCCCCAUAAAUAGGACUGAUCCCCCAUCAGUGUAAGGAGCAGCUGCUAAUAAAGGUUCUCUGACCCGAAAGCAGAAGCUAAACUCUGUUCUGUGCCUUAAGUGGCCUUUAGAGCAGCUCUGAAGCUCACAACAUGCUUUGCCGCUCACUUAACAGUUGGUUCUGCCAAUAGGCAAAGCAGCCCAACUUCAAACUCUCACAGUCAUGUGGAGCAAUCCCAUGGCGACUGCAGUGCUUUUUAUAACCACUGUUUUGCCAGUAGAGACAUUAUUAAUCCAUGGAAUCUUACCAGCGUCACACCAGCUUCAUCUCGCUAAUAAUAGUAGAGAAUUUUUCAGUAUCACGUUACAGUUUUUGAUUAAAUUGCCUGUUUAUCCACAUUAAUGAUUGCUUAAAAUUCUUAUUCUUUUAUACUUGCUGACUACUUCCUGCUGUUGUUGAAAUGAGUUGAAAUGAUUGAUGAGCAUGAGGGAGCCGUUACAUUUAUGUCAAUAUUGAUUCUUCGUUUCCUUGUCCGUUCUGUUUAGUUUGGCUUUACUAAAUGUUCUUCUGAUCACUCGUUGUUCCUGUUUCCGGUGUUUAUGAGAACAGCACACAGACAGGAUUGAGAGGUUUGGUUACUGUGUUGCUAAGUAUUACUAUGAAUAAGGUGUCUCAUCUAAGUAAUUCUCAAUGAAGUGUAAUUCUUGGUGCUGAACACAUUGAUUCCAGAAUCCCGAAAACAGCCCACUUUCCUGGAGUCAUGUGAUUACAAUGUUUCUGUACGUUUACAGUAAAUGGUGCUGUAAACAAAGGAUAACCAGUCAGCAGCUGUUUAGUGAGCUUCAGAGAACAUGGACCAUAAUGACAUCAUUUAACAGAAGAAUGAUCCAUUUUUCUGUUUGCAUUGGUAUUUGUGUCCUAGGCAGGAACAGCUCAAAGUUGACAUGAUUAAGUUGUGUAGUGUGGGAUGAGGACUAAAUCCUGACAUUCCCUUCUUGCCUAAUGAGAAUGAGAAUUCAGAUCAAAUCAGCUCUAAUUGGCUCCCAACCGCAAGCAGACCUGACAGAUAUGGACAGUGAUCUCCUGGGCUGUAGGACCCAAUUGUGUUCAUCAAUGAUAUUCCCAUGACUUACUACCAAUUUGGAGCCCCGACAAUUUUAAGAGCUACACCCAUUAAUCGCAAACAGACCCAAUACAUGUCUCCAAUUUUCUUAGGCAAUAAACUUCCAUUAGUUAGGCAGACUCACACAGAACGUCCUAAACAAAAAUGAUGAUUAAAUGCAGCAGGAGAACCUCAAACCCCAGACACGAGAACACAAAUGCUGCCCUGAAGCUGCAUUAAGCAGCAUGGCUGCUUCUCCUUUUGUUGUAAUGUGUGCAGAGCAUGAUUAAGUUUUUCUGUAAAGAUAUGCCCAUUACUACCAUUAUUAUUCUAUCCAGCCAUCUUUCGUAACAACUUACCCAAUACAAGGCUGGGAGGGAAUUGCAUCUGUGUCACUGAAGACCAGUGAGUGGCGCUGAAGGUUCUGCAGAAUGUGACUAUGGUGUCUGCCAGGACAGCUGACCUUUAGGCUCUGAACACACACACACAGCACAGAAAGAUCAUAACCACUAACAAUACAAUUAUAUCAUUCCUUACUCAAUCUAUAUUCUAACCACUUACCUUGAUUAAAAGAGGGAGGGAUAUGGAAACAGAGGGUACAAGGCAGAGGGAUGUUCUUGAUGCCAGUCAAUUGCAGGGCACACAUAUUCACACAUUUUGGGAAAUUUGGAGAUACCAGUUUACCAGCUGAAUAUCACUGAAUUGUGCGUCAAAGAAUAUCUCCACGCGGCAAAGAGCGCACAAGCGAAGUGGAGAAAUACAGUGUAGGGGUCAUUUGAAACCCCACCUGUAAAUUGUGAAGUAAUAUCACUACCCACAGAUCCAUUAAGCCACUUGUUAUUAAUGAUGUUGCUGCAAAACCUACUGACAUCACUGUAACGCCACACAUAGUAUUAAAGAUUUACAUUCGGCUUUAAUUUGGGGAGAGAGCACAGUAACUCCACUUUCGUAGCGGUCCUUGAGAAAAAAAUAUUUUCCUGGCUUCGCGCGAUUUCCAUAGUAAAAACUCUGGCAAUGGCUUCUUCAGCAUCUGUUCUGCAUGACAUAAUGCCUUUUUUAUUCACUUGGUGCUCCAAGCUAGUAAGAGAAUCAAUAAACCUCGGCUGUUUAAGCACAUCUUGUAAUCAACUAACAAUUAAUAUAAUUUACUAACUGACUGAAUGAUAGGGCGCUUGUUCAGAUCCGACUGCCUGAUUUUCCCAUCUACUGAGUCAGGAUCAGUCCCCUUCUGUACGUCAGGUCCCUGUUUGGCCAGCAGGUGUCGCUGGCCAUUCCAUUUGGUCAAACCUCCUAAUGUGUUCUCCUGUUCCCUAGUCCACUGUAUGGCUUAAUGGAUUGAGUGGACUCCUGUGUCAUCCAGGCUUCCCCUUGUUGCAGGUUCUAAGUUUAUAAUUAAACAUUUGUUUUUUUGUAUAUCCCUGGUUAAUUAUGUAUUGGUGUAUUUCUGUUACAGUUCCUUGAUUUUGCUUCCUGUUGCUAUUCCGUACUUGUAGUAAUGUUCUGGUACCCUUGUUCCUAGUUUUUCCUAGUGUUUGAGUCUGUAGUGAUUAUUGGUUACUCUUACUUGUUACUUGUAAUCACUGCCCUUAGUGUUGUGAUUGGUUUAAUAAUAGCCCUCACCUGUGCCUUGCCUUUAUGAAGCUCUCAUUAUUUGUGAAUUGAAGUGUCUGCUCUUCCCUUGUUUCUCAGUUGUUUGUUGCAUUAGUUCUAUUUGCUGUAAGUUCCGUGUCUUUGAUUCCUGCAUGUUGCCUGUAUGUGCUGCAUUUGUUCCCGCGUGUUUCUUGCCUGUGGUUCCGGCAAGCUGUUUGUCGUUUGUCUUCCCUGUGUUCAGUUUACCCUGUUGCAUUCUAGUUUUUCCCUGCCUUUGUUUUGACCCCUUCUGGUCCCUUCAUUUCUUGUUUGUCAGUUCCAAUAAAACCCCUUGUUUCCAA